GGUUGGUCACGUUACGGGUGUAAAUCAGUAAAGUCCAGUAGAACUCACACAGUUUGCUCUUGCACUCACCUAACGGCUCUUGCAGUCCUGUCAGACUUAAAUCUUCAGGUGAGGUUGAUGAUUGUGAAGCUGUUACAACAAAAACCAACAGCAACAACUUUACUACCUUGUUUUCAGAAGGCAUGCAUUUACAAUUACGGUGGUUACCAUAACAGCUAAAUAUCUAAUCUGGUCGAGUACCAUGAUACAUAUUUAGAAUUGAGUUGUUGGCAGUAGAUUGUAAAUAAGAAAGGAAAGAGAAAGAGCUGCAAGAUAAAGAUAUAUAACCCUUUAACUCCCAGACGUGAUUAACAUGCAACUUCUCCCUAUAAGAUCCAUACAUUAUCCACCAACAGGUAAUGAGAAUACCUCAACUUAUCAUGGAGUAGUUUGAUCUUGAUCUAACACCAAAUUCUCGUAACUUAUUUAUAAGAAAACUGUAUCAGCCAGAGGGGAGAAUAAACAUUCAGAUCCUGGGAGUCAAAGGGUCAACUUAAAGAUAAAGAAAUUAAAUUAAAUUAAUAAGUACCGGGUAGAAAGCUUUGAAGGAUAUCUUUUUCGUAUGGAUUAUUAGUUAACCCUUGAACUCCCAGAUUAAAUUUGUAAUUCUCCUUACUGUCAACCAUUCAAUUCUUAUAAUGUUAGUUCAGAGAAUUUAGUAUUGGAUCAACUAAUUAUCCCCAAAUUGAUCUUUUUCUUUAUUCUUAUCACUUAUCUGGUUGAUAUGGUAUUCAUAUUGUAAGGAGAAAUUCUGUCCUGGUCACUCAUGGGAGUUAAAGGGUUAAUUUAUUUUGAGGUCUGUAUGAGGUCAAUCUCACUUUUUUCCUUUAGAGGAGGUUGUUUCAGUUUCCAAACUAUUCCAACGGGAAGGCAGAUGUAAAAUUGUCAAUAAUUAGUUCGAAAAAAAGUGUUAUAACUGGUAGAUCUAUCAGAGUCUAAAUCUAGUUUUAUUGAGAACAUACAUUGGAAAAAAAAUGAUCCAAAUGAUCCAGGGAGAAGAUUGAAAUAAAAUUGGUUCAUAAAUUGAGAAUCGUGAAAGAAAACUAAGUCAACUUGUUUAAGUUGUUGUUGUUGUUGUAUUUUUGAGAGAGGAGGCAUGUUGUUGCAGUGUCACAAGUAAUUUUCUUUUUUUUUCUUUUUUUAUCAGUAUCGCGAGCAAGCAGCCUUUGCCAUGCGUUUGGUGACGUACAUUGGUAUAUCAGUGUCCCUUGUUCUGUUACUGACAGUUUUAUACUAUUCUUGUGUCUAA